UUCCCACCACACCGGAAGCAGUAUUUUCGUCACUUUGGCGCGAGUAGUGUUUUUUUGACAGAUGUUGUUAUUAUUUUCAUUUGGAAGAUUUCUGUUUUCCAACGUGCGGUUAGUAGUUUGUAAAUAACGGUAGAUCAUACCCAGAAGACAGAAGAGUUUUAGUACUUUACAACUGCGCUGUGUCCUUUGAAUGUUGUAGAUUUUCAGUUGUACACUGUUCAACUUUUACGGGCAGUAGUGCUGUAAAGUAACAGUUUUACAAAACACUCGAGGUGCUCGUUUUCAGGACGGACAGGACAAUGAAAGCAACGACACACUCGAAAGAUGCAGCAGAUCCACCGCUGCCUCUGUCAGCUCUGCAGCUCUUGGCUCCACCCCUACGCCUGGUGUCUGCAGCCAUGUGGAAGGUGAUGCAGCAGAGGGAUGCUUUUCAAUAUGGGAAACUGGAGGAGAUUAUAACAUUAAUCUCUGAGACUGUCCCUGGUUUGCUCAAUUACAGACAUCAGGCCAGGCUGACAAUGGGUUUACGGGCACUGCUGAUCUUGGAGAAGCUUCAUCAGUCAGAUCCUCCUGACACUCCAAAUGUCCUCCAGGAGCUGGGCAAGCUGCAAGCUUUCUCCAUUACCAACAGAAAGAAUAAGGAUCAGAAGGUGGAGGAAGCUAAACGCAACUUCCACUCCAUGGUGCACUCUCUCCUAAAGAAUCCAGCAACUAGAAAACAAUUCUUCAAGGAGGAUUUUCAGGUUCAGUAUGGAGGGCAUUACGUGGCCAAUCUAGAGAAGCUACUUUGGGAGUUUCUAAACCGAUUGGAUCAGCUAUUACCUGCUCCAGAUCUUUCUCAGACGGUCUCAUGGCUCAGUGCUUCCCCAGCUGUUCUGGAGGAGUGUGCACGCUCAGCCUCUCAGCCCCAGCUCCUCAGAACUCUUUUGCAGCAUGAGAAAUGCCUUGGACACCUCGGGUCAGCAUCUCUUCUGUCCUCCACUGGUGAAUCGAUCCUAUCCUCGCUUUCUCUUCCUCUUUCUGGCAAAGUGCCGCAGACCGUCCAAUCAGAAUCCACUCCCAAAUCUAACACCGUCAUAAGUCCUGCCUUUUUAACACCCAGAGCUACUUGUAGAACAGCAAAAGAAGCCCUUUCGCAGGUUGCACCUGUGAUUGGGUCAAUUACCAAUGAAGAUCUCCAAAACAAUGUCCUAACAAAGAAAGAAGCACCCAGUGUAGGAAGAGAAUUUAAAUCAGGCUUGGAUAGAUCCAAAAAUACUGGGACCAAACAAAGCUCAUGUUCUGAGAAAGAGAUUUUAGUGAAGGAUCCAGAACAGGAUUGUUUUGUUGGGAAUAUGCUGGUCACAGUCCUCAGUCAGUCAUCAGAUAGUGGAGAAGAAGUGGAGGGGGACAACAAAGAAAAUAGAAGUGAUAGAGAGAGGAGUAUUGAACGUGAAAGCAGACUUCCUAGAAAGAACGGACACAGAGAAAAAGGGAGAGAUGUUCAGAGAGAGUGUUCACCUAAGACAAAAACCCAAGGCAUGGGCUCACAGGAAGAGGUAGAUGUCAGUGCUCUCCACAUUUCCUGUAUGAAGCGACAACUCCGAGUUGUCAUUCCCAGAUUGAACCUCAGCAGUGUCAAUCUUCCGGUCCACCUCAAUCACCUGUCUGAUAAGGAAGAUGACACCAGAUCUCCAUGUCAAGCUAACGUAAACGAUAUAUCCAGAGCGGGAAACAGUGACUCUGGGACACGGAAGAGGAAAUUUAUUUCAACUCCUGAAAAGCAUCUGGUGGACAUGAUCAAUAAACCAACCUUGUCUGCCUCUCCGUGUAUCCCCCUUGUUCUGCAUCGUAAAAUGGCAACCCCAGAAACACCGUCUUCUAUAACUGAUUCAACUGAUGGCAUGAUAGUCGACUCGGAGGAUGAGGCAACAGAUAAAGUGAGGAGAACGGAGCAGUGCUAGCAAAUCUGAGGCAGAAGUAUGUGUCUUAAGUCAUUCACAGAUUUUGGUACAAAUCUGUGUGUCUCUACUUCAUUUGCUCCCGCCAGCCCUGUGGUCUAUGGGUAACCCAUACAUCACAGAGAGCAGCAGCUUGCCAAGCAUGAACAAAACACUGUGCUUCCGAUGAUGACAGUUUACUUACUAUUGCUGCAAAACAACAUGUCUUCAGUCUCUAUUAUUUGAUUUAAAAAUACAAAAACAACACCAAACAGGUUAAAUUGAUGUUAUGUUACUACUAUAUCACAGUUUUCCUUACAUUGCACUGUGUACGUGGCUUAUAUGUGCUAUUUAUGGACAAGUUUGCUCUGUUAGGAUAGCACAGUUCAUAUCUCAUAAUCAUUUAAUCAGUUUAUAUGUUCAUAUUUAUACUUGAAAUUUGCUCAUUUUGACAGUUCUGACCACUUGUGAUUUUAUUUCCCUCGGAUUGUCAGGUGUUCACUCAGCACCAUUACAGAACAAAUAAUGGCACUUAUGUGCCCACUCUGCAGGAGUUCUGGAAUCCUAUGUUCUAUUGCCGAGAUAUGGUGUCCCCUGGAAACAGAUGUUGAUAGAGUGAAAUGGGAAUGUCACACUUGCUUAUAGAUGGUGCUACAGUUUUUGCAAUUAUGAAUAAUCUAUGUAGUUUCAUUUUUUUAAUAGACUGUUUUGUAACGGAGGAGUACUGAAUGUUGUUUUAAAAGUAUGCACAUUUAUCAUUGUCACAUUUAAAUGUGUAUCAUGUGUAAUGUUAUGUAUGUUGUUAUUAAUAAAUGUACAAUAUGUCUUUUAAAAUAAAGAAUUUUGUU